GAGGCCUCUUCUGGUCGUUGCAUGUUUCUGGAAGGCGAGGGAGAAGUUGUGCCGCAUCAUUGUCAUCAUCAUCCGUUCGGACGCGAGUGCACGCAAGGAGAAGAGCUGGGGAGAGGGUAGAGAGGAGGGAGGGUGGUGUACAGAAGGGAAAGGAGGGGAGGGGAGGAGGAGGAGAAGGUGGUAGUCUGUGAAAGUGGAAGAGAAGGAGAGAGAAAGGAUCGGGACUGAGAGGGAGGAUCUGAAGAAGGUGUAUAUAGAGGGCGAUGAUGUUUUGACACUCGUUGCGGAGAGGUGAGGCGGCUAGAGGUGACGACGGAUCAGUGCAUGUGCGGUCGGGCAGGGUAUAUAUAGUGUGUACAUCUUCAGGCAGCACUGGAGGAAUUAGGCGCUGUAGUGAAGGGCGUGUGAGAAGGGAAGGGAAAGUGGAUUGAGUGUGAAUGGUGGAUCUUUCACGGUUGUUUUUUUGGGGUUUAAAUCUGAUUUUGCUUCCCAAGCAGCGGCUGAUCGGGUUGUCAUUUGAGCGAAAGGGUGUGGGCAUGUUGCAUGCGGACGGAAAGUUUUACUCGCUGGCUCAAGCGUUUCCAGUUCUUCCCUUUAGAAUCGAGACUCUGUAUUCAGAAGUUUUGUAGCAUCCGGCAUAGUUCCUCCCUGCGGAUUUUGUCCUUCUUCCGAGGGUCUUCUGUCAGGCAGUCUUUGACGACAACGACAUAGUGCUUUCCAUCUUCCGUGGGUAGUGGUUCUCUCGUAUCUGAUCGAUCGAUCAGUUCCAAAGGAUCACCAUUUCGACCCCUACAGUUUUUAGAAUGCCUGGCCUUCUAUACAAUGGGCCAUUCAGCCAUCACCAGGACACCAAUUCUGCGGUGUAUGGUGACAUGUUGGCGAUCGAGAAUGUGGACUACCAUUUGGAUUUCCUGAAUCCCCCCAAUGCUCAUCUUCCCGUGCCAUUUGUUCCUGGCAAGCACAAAGCGUGCUGGCCGGCGCAAUCUCAGACGACAAGGUUGCAGAAGAUGAAGGAGGAUAAGCAGGCAAAGUUUUUGAGCUCAGGACCAGUUAAUGAGCAGAGCGCGGCAAAGUACAGCAACGGGAGCAACGAUAGUGAACAUGAUCUUGCAGCCAUGGUCCAUGAGUAUGUGGAGAACGGCUCCUGCGAUUAUUGGGAGAACAGCGAUAGUGACAAUGGUGCAUCAACCAUUACGAAAUUUUGUGAAAUUCUACAGGUUUUGACAACGCCAUCAGAACCCCUUCAUAGGGACCUGCUUUCAAACGUGACCAUACUAGUUUUAGCUAUCAACGAGGACACUGAUCUCAUUCACAGCAGUGGACCCUCCGAGUGUAAAGGAAGUUGUACGCGUCGAUUUGUUGUUAUGAACCUGCGAUCUGCCGGUUACAAUGCGGCACUGUGUAAAUCCCGCUGGCAAAACUCAGGCCGGGUCCCUGGAGGUGAAUAUGAGUACCUUGAUGUCAUACUGGAAGGAGAUCGUGUCGCCGAAGAGCGCCUUAUCGUCGACAUCGACUUCAAGGCGCAGUUCGAGAUCGCCAGGCCUACUCCGCAUUACCUGGCGGCCCUUCAGACCCUACCUGCCAUAUUCGUGGGCACUAAGGGCAAACUCGAGCAGGUGCUGGAUAUCAUGUCAGAAGCUGCGAAGAACUCGUUGAGGCAGAACUCUAUGCCCUUGCCUCCAUGGCGGACCCUCGAUUACAUGAUUGCGAAGUGGCUGUCCAACUCCGAAAGAAGGACCAGCGACUACAGUCAGACUGACCUCAAGUUUCCUUGCAGUGUGCACUGGAGAAACGGCAUCCACACUCCGAACCCUGUGCUCACGAAGCAGUGCGGAGAGCAACUGAGACGUACGAGAGUAUCCCUUCUCAACGAUGUGAAGGGCCCUGGUCAUCACCACGGUCUGCCUGCACUCACGCACAGCAAAGGAGGGAGAGCGAUUUUGAGACCGAUAAAGAGCAACUGGUAGAGAACAGUCGAUAAGACACGGAUCAUCAAAUUUUGGGCGGUAACCAUACCCAACUGGCAUCAUUACAGAAUGUGUAUACGGCCAGUUUUCUUCGAUGUUCGAUUAGCGUAGAGGCUUACUUAGCCACGGCUCCCCAAUAACCGGACAACUGUAACGAGAUAUUACAUCCCUUCAAAGGAUUGGUGCUUUCUCCAGGUAUUGCUAGAACUUUUGUCUAACACGUUUAAAAGGUCUAGCAGGUUUUUUAGCGAAGUACUGGACUAGAACGGGUACCUAUCGUGUAUAGUAGCUUAAUAGAUGAGAAUAUCCAUAGCAGAGAGUGCCUCACGUACACAGUUUUCAAGACAUUCAUCAAAAUAAUUUUACCCUAAGUAAUAAAUGAAAGCUAGCCAACGAACUUAAGACUUGGCUACUUUUAAUAAGUUCGACUGGUCUUUGAAGGCCUGAAAUUGAUUCCCUAUGAAACGCCAUUACGUGGCCUCAUGUUUGCUUGAUCAUGUCUAGCAGAGUUUGCUUGAUCAUGUUUCAUUCAAGACAUCAUUCUUCUUUGUAUUGAUUUGAGAGAAGGUUGAAAGGAUUUCUUUCAUAUCUCCCAUUUUCCCCAGUGAAUAAAAGAAGC